CACGACGACCAAGCGCAGUGCGGCGCGUAAUGUCGACGAGGCACACGCGCGUCACGGCCGGCUCGCGAAAUCCCGGUCCCUUAACCGCCGUCUCCGACGAUGAGAAGAAUCCGGUGGCUCUCCCUGCCGCUGGUCACCGGCUUCAUGCUGGUCCUGUGCGCGGUCCUGCUGGCCGUCAACUUCUUCCAACUGAACUCGAUCCAAUACGAGCACAACAAGUAUCAUCACAACGGGCAGCAGCCGUACCCGGCCGGGCGGCGCGCCGACGACGAGCCCACGAGGCAACCUCGGCGGCCCUCUUACGUGGUACUGGCGAAAAACCCCGAUGCCGGACACCUGGUGCACGUGUUCGACGUGUUCAACGUCUACGGUUACACCAGAAGACCGUUCGACCAAAAGGUCGAUUGGGACGUGCUGUGGUCCCACGAGUACCCGUUCAAAACUUACGCCGACCGCAUCGACUUCUCCGAUCUGAAAUCUCAUCAAAAAGUCAAUCAUUUCCCUGGCAUCGGUUUUAUAACCAACAAAAUUGAUUUGGCCACAUCAAGUAUAGCGUACGUACCUCCAGCUUUCCACAUGCCAUUAGAAAAAUCAAAGUUUUCUGAAUUUGCGAAAAAAAAUCCUCAUAAGCUGUUUGUCCAAAAGCAAAACAAUCACCGAGGUAUUAAAAUUAAAUCACCUGACCAAUUGGACUUUAAUGCAACGGGCACGUUUAUCCAAGAAUACAUUGAUAAUCCUUUGUUAAUUGAUGGAUAUAAAUUUGAUAUUGGAGUUUACACCAUCAUUACAUCGAUAGAUCCACUUAGAGUUUAUAUGUACAACGGAGACAUUCUGUUCAGAUUUUGUCCGGUGAAAUACGAACCGUUUGAUCCCAACAACAUAGACAAAUACGUGGUCGGAGAUGAUUAUUUACCUAUUUGGAAUGUGCCGUCCUUAAAAAAAUAUUACGUUCAUCAAAAGGCUUCAAUGAAAGUAGCCGUUGAAUCACAUUUAAAAACGUUAGGCAAAGAUGCUACAAAAAUAUGGGACCAGUUAGAAGAUGCCAUACGAGUUGUAUGUUUAAAAAAAGAGUCAAUGAUAAAAAAUCUUAUGAAAAAAUACAAGUCGAAAACAAAUUUCUUUGAAAUGGCACGUUUUGACUUUGUCGUUGACAAAGAUCUAAAAGUAUUUAUAAUGGAGGUCAAUAUGUCACCAAAUUUGUCAUCGGCUCAUUAUGCACCAAAUCGUUUGAUUUACGAACAAGUAUUAUUUAACUUAUUCGCUAUCGUUGGACUGACCCACUUUGAGCGUAAAGAAGACAGCCUGAACAUGGCCGUGUCAACGAAGAACAUUAUGGCGUAUCCGAAAAUGUGCGCUGAAAUGAACUGCAGUAUGAGCGACACCGAUAACGAGGACUGCCGACUGUGUGGACCUUACAUGGACCGUGAAACAAGAAUUCAUUUGACCAACGCGUACCGGGAGCAUAUUGAUCGACACGACUGUAAACGAGUUUUCCCACCGAAAUUUGAUCCGAAAUUUUUAAACGCCUCCGUUGACUUAAGCGGUUUUAGCGUGAACACAAGAUUGAUGUACAAAUGGUUCAAAGGGAAAUGUAUGGCCGACCCGGAAUGGUGUUAACGUUAAAACUAAUAUAGGGCUCGUUGAAAAUCGUUAAACGAGACGAGUGACCUAAGUCAUAGAAACUUUUAAUCAAAAUGAACGCCAUGUUAUAUUUAAUUAUUUUUGUAUUAUAUUUAUAUUUUAAUUGAAA